AUGUUCCAGAGGCUCAAGGGUGCCAUCGAUCGGACAAUCGCGGAGGAACAGGCUCGACAGGAGCAAGCACGACAGCGCAUCGAACCAGGAGGAGGCACAGGCACAGGCACCCCGCGCAGGUCCGACUCCACCUCGCGGAGCAAUCAGUCGCCCGCCCGACGACCCCGUCCCAAGAAGGCGGCAGCCGACGCCGGCGCAAAGGACGACGGCGGAAGCCCCUCGAACCCGGACCCUGCUGUCUUUGAGGCGGCGUUUGCGCUUGACGACAGCGAGGAGCCGAGUCGCGCAGGCACACCAAAGCCUGCUGCGGAUAAGGACGGCAAUAUGGAGAAGAGCGAGGAGAACGUCAAGGAUAAGGCGGAGGAGGGCCAGAACGGGGAGAAGGAGCAGGAAAGGGGCGCUGAGGGCUCUGCUGCUUCUGCUGCUGCUGCUGCUGCUGCGCCGCCGGCUGCUGCGGCAGAGAUGUCUCCCGAGGUCAAGAUGAAGCUUCGCAAGUUGGAGAAGCUGGAGAAGACGUACCCUGAACUCCUCCGGUCCUACAGAAUCGCCCACGGCCGCGCCACCUCCAUCGAGCCCUUUGAGCGUGUGCUUAAGGAACACACCAGCGUCGGUUCGAUCCGGGAACCCGAGGCCCUCGUCGAGUAUCUCAACUCCUUGAAGCAGAAGGAGCAGAUGAUUAUGGACGAGUACAAGCGGGUGUCGAUCGAAAAGGAUGACUUCAAGAAGAAGUGCGAAGCCGCCGAGAAGGACGUGGAGAAGUUCAAAAAGGAGGUUGAGGAGCUCAAGGCGGCGCAGGCUGCGGCACCGGCACCUGCACCUGCCCCUCCGACGGAAGAGUCCGAGGGCAAGGUGGACGCCGCCACGGAUACAAAGGACGACGGCUCCGUCAAGUCUCCCGAUGCGUCCGCUGUCAAGUCUCCCUUGCAGCAGGCUCUCGGCAUCUUCUCUCCCAAGCAAAAGGCGCAGGAGCCUGGAGAGGAGAAGCCGAACGAGGCUGCGGGCGACUUCUUUUCCUACGACGAGGAGGCUCCCAAGUAUGAAUCCGACAUGGCGGCCAAGGACGAGGAGAUUGAGAAGCUCAAGGCGCAGGUCGAGACCGUCAAGGCGGAGCUCAAGACUGAGGUCGACUCGCUCAAGGCCGAACUCGCCGCCGCCAAGGAAUCCAGUGCCGAUCUGACGGAGAACCUCGACAAGGUGACCAAGGAGGCUGGUGAGCUGCGCGACGUGGCUGCCGUCAAGACUUCUCUGGAGACGCAGCUCGAGGCAAGGAACAACGAGAUCAAGUCUCUCACCGAACGUCUGGAAGCCUCGCAGAAGCAGCUCAAGGAGGUCGAAGCCAAACUCAAGGGCGAAGUCGAGUCUGCUAAGAAGAACGCAAAGGAGGCGCAGUCGAAGCUUACACAGUCCAACGCACGCGCAGACAAGGAGGAAGCUCGCGUCAAGGAGGUGGAGGCCGCCAAGACGGACGUGGAGAAGAACAUCAAGACCUUCACCAGCCAGAUUGACACCUUGAAGAAGGAGAAGACUGAUAACGAGAAGAAGAUUGACGAACUUACUAAGCAGCUGGAGAAACAGGCGAGCGAAUCCGUGCCCGCUACACCCACAACAUCUGGGCCAACCGAGACGCCUGCGGCUGGAGGUGCUACUGGUACUUCAAAGAACGCCAAGAAGAACAAGAAGAAGAAGGGCAAGGGUGGUGCUGCCGCCGCCCCUGCGACGCCUGCGACGCCUGCCACAACCGCAGGAACCGCGACACCGCCCACAGCCGAGGAGGCCAAGGAUGUUGACACAGAUGCUCUGGAAGCGGAGAUUACCCGUCUCAAGGAGGAGGUAACGACCAAGGACUCCCAGAUUGAGAGGCUGACGAAGCAGCGCAAGACGGAGGAGGAUCUCCGCGAGGAAAUCGAGACGCUACGUGACGAGGUCACUGAGAUUGGCCAGGAGCACGUUGUGGCCAAGGAGAAGAUCAAGAACCUCGAGGCCGAGAAGAAGGCUCUGCAGACGCGGAUCGAGGAGCUUGAGAAGGAGCUCGGGUCUUCGGCAAAUGACGCCAAGGCGACGGAGAAGCUCCAGGGCGAGUUCGACAACCUCCAGCGCGAGUACGAGGACCUCAAGAGCAAGUCCUCGACGUUGCAGUCUGACCUCGGUGCCGCGCAACAGCUGGCGCAGAGCAGGUACAAGGAUCUCACCGACCUGCGUGAGGUUCUGCAAAAGGCGCAGCCUGAGAUGAAGAGCUUGCGUCAGGACUCUGCUGCCCUCAAGACAACCAAGGAGGAGCUUACCGCGAAGAACGCGGAGCUGCGUAAUCUCGAGAAGAAGGAGAAGGAUCUCAAAGCAGAAUUGACAAGGGCGCAACGUCUGGCGUCGGACCGCGAGACGGAGAUCAAGGCGCUCCGCGGCAAAGUCGAGGCCGAGACGAACACCAAGCUCCGUCUUGAGGAUGCCCAGCGGGUGUCUGCGCGCGACUUGCGUCGCUCCGAGGCCGAAAAGGUCGAGCUCGCCGCCAAGGAGGAGAAGACGGCCCGGGAGCUCCAGCGGGUGCAGGAAGACGCCAACAAACUCCGGCCCAAGGUCAAGGAGCUCGAAGAGCAGAUUGAAAAGCUGGAAAAAGAGAAGAAGUCCAUUCAAGAGGAGGCGGACCUCAAGACGCAGCAGUACUCCAACGCGCAGGGUCUGCUGGGCAGUAUGCGCGACCAGACGGGCGAGCUGACAAUCCAGCUGAAGGAGGCGCGGUCGCAGUCCGAGUCGCUCGAAGAGGAGCUAGCCGAGAUUCAGAAGCACCUCUCAGAGCGGUCGCGCGAGGCGGAGCGGAUGCGUGGGCUCCUUGCCGACGUGGACGAGCGCGCCGAUAGCAAAGUGCGGGAGAUGCGGGCGCGGAUGGAGGCUGCGAUUGAGGAGCGGGACCGGAUGGAGGACGAGUCGAGCACGCUCGCGCGCCGCAAGACGAGGGAGACGGAGGAGCUCAAGCAGAAGAUCCGCGACCUGGAGCGGGAUAUCAAGACGCUUUCGACGGAGAAGGAGGAGCUGGAGGGCCGGGAGAGGGAGUGGAGGCGGAGGCGGGAGGAGCUCGAGUCCGUGGAGGAGAAGGCCGAGGCGGAGGUGAAGGAGAUGCGGUCUGCUGUUUCGGAUCUGCGGACGACGCUGGACGCCUCGGAGCAGCAGGUUCGGGACGCCGAGAGGCAAAAGUCUGAUUUGAGGCGGUUGCUUGAGGAGUCGAAGCAGAGGUUCGAUAAGGUGAACAAGGAGCUCAAGACAGUGCAGACCAAGCUUGGGGCGAGUGUCACGAGUGGCCGGAGUUCGAUGGACUCGAAUCGGUCUGGGUUGAACGGCGGACCUGCGGCUGGAGGUGCAGGGGGCUCUGCGGAUACGUUGUAUCUCAAGACGAUUAUGUUGCAGUUUUUGGAGCAAAAGGAUAACAAGUUGCGGGAGCAGCUUGUGCCUGUCUUGGGGAGGAUUCUCAAGUUUGACAAGAGCGAUGAGCAGAAGUGGAAGAGUGCGAUUCAGCACAUCACUGUCAGGUGA